AUGUUAAAUUUCAAAGAAACUAAAAACAAAUCUGCCCUGAGUACAAGAUGGGCUCAAAUGUCGAAACAGGAGCAAAUUAUUGAGAAAAAAAAGAUGGAGAUUCAAGCAAAGGCGGAGGCCCAAAAACAGGCGGCUGCGCUUGCUGCACAGGCAAAAUUGUCUAAUUCUACCAUAGAUGAAAAAUCUCCAGGGAAUAUAUUUUCUAAUGAUGGCUCAUUUAUGAGUCAAUAUAAAGCUUUAUUAGAAAAACAAAAACAGGAGAAAGAGAAAAAAGAACAGAAGGAAAAGCUAGAAGAAGAAAAAAAAGUGAAAAAAAAUGAAGCAAAGCAUAAACCUGCUGAAGCUCAGUCUAAAAAUGAAAGUAAAGAACCUAGUAAAGGACAUGUAAUGCAUGAAUCAGAUGAAAAGAGACCAACGGAAAGAUCUUCAAGAGAUAGACAUCGCAGGUGGAAUGAUAGAGGAAGAAAUCGACACCACAGCCCUACUACCCCUGUUGUGGAAGAUCGAAAAAAAGGGGCUGAAAAAUCAAGUAUCCCAUCCCUUAUGCAAAUUCCUGUCCGGGCACCAGAAAACCAAUUACCUAACUCGCAUUCUCAAUGGAAUAUGCAUGGUGGUUCUGAAUCUGAGCCAGAAGCUAACACUGAAGAUAGGGAAAUGGCAUCACAAGAACAUGUGGGUCCUUGUCCUCCAGGCCCUGGAUCUAUGGUAACAUGUCCAAUGGGACCAAAUCAAAUGGGCUCUGGACCCAUGGGUCCUGGACCACUAGGUCCUGGACCGAUGGGUCCUGGACCGCUGGGUCCUGGACCGAUGGGUCCUGGACCGAUGGGUCCCGGGCCGAUGGGUCCUGGACCGAUGGGUCCUGGACCGAUGGGUCCUGGACCGAUGGGUCCCGGACCGAUGGGUCCUGGGCCGAUGGGACCUGGGCCGAUGGGCCCUAGAUCUAUGGGUCCUGGACCGAUGGGACCUGGUCCCAUGGGGCCUGGACCCAUCGGCACUGGUCCCAUGGGAGGUUCAGGAGGACCCGGUUCAAUGGGUCCAGGACCGAUGGGACCUGGCCCAAUGGGUGCACCACCGAUGGGACCUAAUAUGGACGCUAUGACACCUAGCUCUAUGGCUUCGGGCUUAAUGGGUUCUGGACAAAAUAUGAGUUCAGGACCUAAUCCUAUGAUGGGGCCCAAUGGUCCAAUGCCUCCAUUUCUUGGAGGGCCACCUAAUUUCCCUAUGCCACCUAAUUUUUUGGGCCCAAAUGGCCCUAGAGGACCAUGUGGUCCUGGUUCUUUACCACCAAAUAUGUGUGGUCCUAAUAUGCGCCCAGGUCCAGGCCCUAGUGGUCCAAUGCCUCCAUUCUUUGGUCCUCCAUUUCCUAAUCCAGCAAUGAUGGGUCCUAAUGGGCCACCUAAUUCUAUAAUGCCCCCCAACUCUAUGAAUAAUGCUAACAUGCCUUUCAUGGGUUCCCCAUCUUUUGGUCCAAAUGGUCCCAACUUUGGACCUAAUGGACCUAAUGGUCCCAAUUUUAGACCAAAUGGCCCACCAAACAUGCCAUUUAUUCCUCCUAACUCAAUGCCAUCAAAUUCUUUGCUUACUAUUCCUGAGCCAAAACCGCUGGAUGCCGUCAGUAUUCCACCUCCAGAACCUAUAAAGAUUCAGAAUAUUCCACCGCCAAUGCCUUUGCCACUGAACCAUAUACCAAAACCGAAAGAUUUGGAUCCUGGAAAUAUACCGGCGCCACCGAAUUCUACUCAAGUUCUCUCUGCAGAUAUGUUCCCGCCGCCAGUACAGCGCGCCGCCGCAGAAGUCGCCAGCAACGGCGACCACUGGGAAAAUGUCCUGAAAGCCAUACACUCACAAGACCAAAACAUGUGGUUCCUACAUAAUACUAAUUCCAAUGAAUAUAAGGCGUUUCGUGAGUUGGUGAAAAAGAUGCGAAAUGAAGGGGUUAACGAGAGCAAGUCAGAGGUGAAACCUGAAGAUAAAUAUGAACCUGAGUUUAGUUUGGAAGAUGAUGACAGUUAUGAUGGAAAUAGAUAUGUUAAGCAGGAAGCAGAGUAUGGGAUGCAAUACAACAGUGAUGUAAAGCGCGAGGAUGAUGACUCGCAGAACAAAGACUCCGAAAGCCGAAGGAGAGAGCGAAAGAGAAAGUCUAGAUGGGGUAAUGAUCCCCCCGCAGAUAUAAAGCCACCCGGUGUGGUAGCACCUUUACCCCCAGUAAUGCCAGGUACAAAAUUAGCAAAAGUUGACGAGGACGGUAUAAGAUUGACGAACGUCAAUCGCAACAAUCCGGCUUUGAUGCAGUACGCGAUGACUAAUUACGGCACCACCAAUCUAAGUGCCGAGGACUGGAAGAAAUGCGAGGAUAAUUUCAAGUUAAACCUUUUGUAUCAGGACAUGCUGAAAAAGAGACAGGAAGUAGAACGGUUGGCAGCAGCAGGCAAACAUAAAUAUGAAUAUGAUAGUGAUGAAGACACAUCUGAUGGCACUUGGGAGCACAGAUUGCGCGCUAAGGAGAUGAACGCAACUGAAAAAUGGGCGAAUGAGCUUACUAAACAAGCCGCUGGCAAACAUCAUAUUGGUGACUUUUUGCCGCCUGAAGAAUUGAAAAAAUUUAUGGAAAAGUACUCAGCAAUUAAGAGUGGCAAAGAACCAGAUCUGAGCGAUUACAAAGAGUUCAAAUUGAAAGAGGACAAUGUUGGUUUUAAAAUGCUGCAAAAGCUAGGCUGGAACGAGGGUCAAGGACUCGGAGCCGAAGGAUCUGGUAUUGUAGAACCUAUUAAUAAAGCAAACCAGCCUGUCGCUAACUUAGGUCUGGGAGCAUCGUCGUCGGACAUGGUGUCGUCAGAGGACGAUGAGUUCGACGCCUACAGGAAACGCAUGAUGCUGGCGUACCGAUUUAGACCUAACCCUUUGAACAACCCAAGGCGGCCUUAUUAUUGA